GAAGUGAUCUUUGCCAACUGGCCUAUUCCGUGCCGAAUCCUCGUGGACUAUGUCCAUGAAUGGUACUCAAUAUUCUUCAUCAUCUACCGCUGCGUUGUGGGCUUCUGCGUGCUGAAUGUGGUUGGUGCUGUCUUUGUGCAGCAAACUAUGAAGUUGGCUGCAGAUGACCACGAUCUCUUCAUGCAGCAGCAGACCCGCGCAGCCGAAGCGUACACACGGAAGAUCAAGGAUGUGUUCACCAAGCUGGACAUGUCAGGUGAAGGAUACAUCUACAUGGAGGAGUUUGUUGAGAUUCUCAAUACCCCGACCAUGUCCCACUUCAUGGCCAAGCUGGAGCUGGAGUCCACAGAUUUGCUGAGUCUCUUCAAGCUGAUUGAUGUGGACGACAGCGGGCAGGUCUCCUUGGAGGACUUCAUGACGGGCUGCCAACGUCUGAAAGGGCCUGCCAAGAGCGUGGAUUUGGCCCUGCUCCUUGCCCACACGGCACGGCUCAACUGCAAAGUGGACAACGUCCUCCAUCUCGUUGGCGGGGAGACUGGAUUGGAAGACUGGGGCUAUGGAGCUGCCGGAGAUCAGAAGCUAGAGCAGCGCUUCCUCCACUCAGCCUCGACGCUGAGGACCGGGUCGACUCGCAACCGUGACUCGCAGUCCACCACAUCCAUGGACUCCGUAGUGCCAGGAGUUGUGGGUGUCGGCCCUUAA